AUGGUGAUUGGAGAGGUGGAGAUGCAAUCAUCCAUUAUCAUUGAAGAAGAAGCAGGCAGUGACCUGGCAGUCCAUAUCGAAACUGCUGUGCCAAGAAGUACUUCUCGGGCUUUCAUGGGUCAAGAAGAUAUUGAUGGGGUGAACCAAGGAGGCAAGGCAUCUAAGAGGUAUGAUGGGCGAGGGAGCCAUUUAGGCGAGCUGGUCCCAUUUGGGCUAGCUGACCAAUCUAUUGAACCGCUAUCCUGCGUGGUGGGGGCGAGUAGAGGGGACUUGGGCGAGCAGGCGAGCGAAAAGGUGGGCAAGCUUGGUGAUGUGGACAAGGGCGAGUAG